GCUCGUGCCCUAGCGUUCGUCCUCAGUGCAGGAUAACGGCAGGAGCUUUAGGGCAUAAAACUAAUAAACUCAUAAACUCUAAACUCCACACCGCGUCCCUGACUUCAGUUCCACACAGGAGACACAGUACAGCAUCAGAUUUGGACAAUCAUGGACGCCAUCAUCCGCUGUCCUUUCCUGUCCCGCGUCCCCCAGGCGUUCUUCCAGCAGGCGAGGAAGACUUUGGUGAGCUACGCUGUGAAGUGUCCUGUGAUGAUGGACCUGGCGUCCAAACCACUCGCCCGCUCCAUCUGCUCCUCUUCCUCCCUCUUCCAGAAGAGUGAUGAUGUCGUCAACACGGAGGCUACAAAGGUCCCUGCGAUGCUGGCAGGUCACCCCAAACCCCCAGCAGGAGCAGUGCCAUCUAAAUGCCCCUUCCUGGCAGCUGAAAUGGGGCAGAAGAACAGCGGUGUGGUGCGUGAGGCCAGCAUGGAGCUGCAGGAGGACGUCUCUGAAAUCCGCACCCUGCAGCAAGAUGUUUCUGCACUGGAGCUGGUGAAGAGCAUGAAACCUGACGGGAGUCUGAUGAAGAAACUGCUGAAGCAGCGUCCGGCGAGAGUUUCACACCUGCUCCAGGAGAACAUGCCGAAAUCCAUCUCCAACUUUCGCUAUGAUGAAUUCUUUGAGAAGAAGAUCGAGUCGAAGAAGAAUGACCACACCUACCGCGUGUUUAAAACAGUGAACCGGCGUGCGACGGAGUUCCCGAUGGCUGAUGAUUACACGGAGUCUCUGAAUUAUAGGCGAGACGUGUCCGUAUGGUGCAGUAAUGAUUAUCUGGGGAUGAGUCGCAACCCGCGCGUGGUCCAGACUGUGAUGGAUACUUUACAGAAACAUGGCUCGGGUGCAGGAGGGACACGGAACAUAUCGGGGACGAGUAAAUUUCAUGUGGAUCUCGAACACGAGCUCGCUGACCUUCAUGGGAAAGACGCAGCGCUGCUUUUUACUUCCUGUUUUGUGGCCAACGAUUCCACACUGUUUACUCUGGCCAAAAUGCUGCCGGGAUGUGAGAUUUACUCGGAUGCUGGAAACCACGCGUCGAUGAUCCAGGGAAUACGCAACAGCGGCGCUAAAAAGUUCAUCUUCCGUCACAAUGAUGUAAAACACCUGCGUGAGCUUCUGGAGAAAUCGGAUCGCUCCACUCCGAAGAUCGUGGCCUUCGAGACGGUGCACUCGAUGGAUGGUGCCGUGUGUCCUCUGGAGGAGAUGUGUGACGUGGCGCACGAGUUUGGUGCGAUUACGUUUGUGGAUGAAGUUCACGCUGUGGGUUUGUACGGUGCGCAAGGGGGCGGGAUCGGGGACCGGGACGGAGUCAUGCACAAGAUGGACAUCAUCUCCGGAACGCUUGGAAAGGCGUUUGGUUGUGUCGGAGGCUACAUCGCCAGUACGAGUGUGUUGGUGGACACGGUGCGCUCGUACGCUGCAGGGUUUAUCUUCACCACAUCUCUGCCGCCCAUGCUGCUCGCCGGCGCUCGGGAGUCCAUCCGCAUCCUGAAGGGUGAAGAGGGCCGUGUGCUACGGCGUAAACACCAGCGGAAUGUCAAACUGCUGCGGCAGAUGCUGAUGGACUCGGGGCUGCCGGUGGUGCACUGCCCCAGCCACAUCAUUCCUAUCCGGGUUUCAAACGCGGAGAAGAACACGGCCGUGUGUGACAUCAUGAUGAACCGCUACAACAUCUACGUCCAGGCCAUCAACUAUCCCACUGUUGCCCGUGGCGAUGAGCUCCUCCGUAUUGCUCCGACGCCACACCACACGCCACAGAUGAUGAAAUAUUUUACGGAGAAACUGCUGAAGGCGUGGCAGGAAGUGGGUCUGGAGCUGAAGCCUCACUCCUCGGCUGAGUGUAACUUCUGCCAGCAGCCGCUUCACUUCGAGCUGAUGAGCGAGAGAGAGAAGUCGUACUUCAGCGGCCUGAGCCAUCCCGUCUCCGCCUGCGGAUAACACACACCUCGCCCUACAGCGGCGUUCCCUAAUCACUGCAUAAUCAGAAAUAUUUUACUUGCACACAUUCUGUAGAGAUGUCUGAUGUAUGUGAAAAUAAACACUUAACCUCA